AUGACAGGUUCGAAACCACUGGGCAAGAUUGCCAUUGUUGGUGGUGGUAUCAGUGGUGUGACUCUUGCAAUCGCUCUCCUCGACCGCGGACUCGAUGUCAAUGUCUUCGAACAAGCCGCCCACUUCGGCGAGAUUGGCGCAGGUGUGGCAUUCAACCCCGCCGCUGCAAGAGCAAUGAAAAUCUGCUCGCAAAGCGUCUACACAGCAUUCGAGAAAGUGGCCACCAGAAACCAGGGCGAGGAUAAGCGAUCGGUGUGGUUCGAUUGGGUCGAUGGCCACAAUGACACCGAAGUCGGAAAGCAGGAAUAUGCUUUUAGCAUCAGCAACGAGUUCGGAGCCAACGCAGCUAACGUUUGGAAGNUCAUCGGAUGUGAUGGAAUCAAAUCCAAGGUGCGAGCUUGGAUGAUGGGUACCAACAACCCUUGCAGUCCACCAGUCUAUACACACAAGUACGCCUACCGUGGCUUGAUUCCCAUGGAAAGGGCAAGAAAGGAACUCGGUGAUGAUCUGGCUCAAAACGCAAAAAUGCAUAUGGGACAGGAUGGUCAUGUUCUCACAUUCCCCGUCAACAAGGGAGCAACUAUGAAUGUGGUUGCGUUCAAGGUUGAUCCAGGCCAAUGGCCGUCAGACACCAAACUCACCUUGCCUUCGGAGAAAUCGCACGUCCUCAAAGACUUCAAAGAUUUUGGUGCGACAGUGCACAAAAUCAUUGACAUGCUAGAGCCAAACCUUGACUGCUGGGCUAUCUACGAUACCGGUGAUCAUCCAAUGCCUUAUUACAACAAGGGCCGUGUGGUUGUUGUUGGUGACGCUGGCCAUGCCACUUCUCCGCAUCACGAAAAUCCCACUGAUUCUGAAUUUGUUGAUANNGGUGCCGGUGCCGGCAUGUGCAUCGAAGAUGCAGCAGUCAUGGCAGAACUCCUAAACGAUCCCAGAGUCGCUGAAGCUGGCCACAAAGGAUUUGAUGCUGCGUUCCAAGCUUACAGCGAGCAACGACUGGAAAGAACACAAUGGCUUGUGCAGAGUUCGCGACGCUCAGGAGAUCUAUAUGAGUGGAGGGCUGAAGGUGUUGGCCGAGACUUCAAGAAGAUCGAGGAGGAGUGUCGAGAGCGAGAUGAAAAGUUGUGGAAUGGCCAAGUCAAGGAGUACAUUGAAGAGGCCAAGAUGCUAUUGGGCAAGCACCUCGAGCAGUAG